UUACGAAAAAAUGUCACCAGACGGCGUAACGCGGUUAUUUUACGCCUACGGUGUUUGGAUCGGAUCUUGCCUUCGUCCGAUGAGAAUUUUCGGCAGGAAAUUCGCACUUUGUAAGAGAUUCUUCGGGACGAUUAACGCGGGGAUGGAACACUACGAAUAUUUAGUGAUAGGAGGAGGAUCGGGCGGCAUAGCCAGCGCCCGCAAGGCCGCCGAAUUCGGCACCAAAGUGGCCCUGAUCGAGUCCCACCGACUGGGCGGAACUUGCGUGAACGUCGGCUGCGUGCCGAAGAAAUUGAGUUAUUAUUGCGCCCAACACGCCGAAACCAUCCGGGAUCACGGGGAUUACGGCUUCGACGUGGUCGUCGGUAAAUUCGAUUGGAGCGCCUUCAAGAAAAAACGAGACGACUACGUGAAACAUUUAAACGAAGUCUACAGAAGAAACCUGGACAAGAGCGGCGUGGCCGUUAUAAAGGGGGAGGCGAAAUUCGUGGACCGACGAACGGUGGAAGUGGAGGGAAAACGUUAUUCCGGAGAGCGGGUGUUGAUCGCCACCGGAGGUCGCCCCCUGGUUCCCGAGGUGCCGGGUGCCGAAUUGGGCAUAACCAGCGACGGAUUCUUCCGACUGGAAGAGGUUCCCGGGAAGACGGUGAUCGCCGGCGCCGGAUACAUCGCCGUGGAACUGGCGGGAAUUCUCAACGCCGUGGGCUCCCGCGUCUCUCUGGUCGUCAGAGGAGACAAGGUACUUCGAACUUUCGAUUCCACCAUAAGCGGCGCCGUCACCGAGGAGAUGGAAGCCGCGGGAAUUAAUAUUUUCAGAAGAGAAACGAUCGAGGGAGUGAAAAAGGCGGAGGACGGGAAGCUGAUCCUGAGCCUGGCCUCGUCGGAGAAGAUAGAGGAGGUGGAGUGUCUGCUGUGGGCCGUGGGUCGCCGACCCAACACCGGACUGGAUCUGGAUCGGACCGUAAGUAAGGCGGGCGGAAAUUGGGACCUUCCCGGAUUUAAAGCGUCGGUGGUUUCAGGGAGUGGAACUGGACGACGCGGGAUUCGUCCGAGUGGACCCGUACCAGAACACCUCGUGUCCGGGAGUCUACGCUCUGGGCGACGUCUGCGGAAAGUGGCUUCUGACGCCCGUGGCCAUCGCGGCGGGAAGACUGCUGGCCCGUCGCCUGUUCGGGCCCCAACCCGGUCUGAAGCUGGAAUACGAGAACGUGCCCACCGUGGUCUUCUCCCACCCUCCGGUGGCCGCCGUGGGACUGACGGAAGAAGAGGCGGUGGCCCGGCACGGAAGAGAGGCGCUGAAGAUAUACCGGACGGCCUUCGUUCCCCUGUACCACGCGCUGACCACCAAGAAGACCAAAUGCGUCAUGAAGCUGGUGUGUCUGGGAAGGGAGGAAAAGGUAAGAAUUUCUCUCUCUCCGUUCCGUCCUCGUCUGACGUCUCUUUCCGCGGAAACCAGGUGAUCGGUCUUCACGCCGUGGGACCGGGGUGCGACGAGAUGCUGCAGGGAUUCGCCGUGGCCGUCAAGAUGGGCGCCACCAAACAACAGUUCGACGACUGCGUGGCCAUCCAUCCCACUUCCGCCGAAGAAUUCGUCACCCUGCGUUAACGUCGUCGACUUUUAUUCUUAUGUAAACCGAGUGGCAAU